CACUACAAUAAGCCUACAACUGGCUGGUAUGUUUGCCCGGAUAUUAACUGCGUACAUAUAAUGUCGGUAGUGUUUGUUUAAAUGCAAAAUUUAUACAAAAUUAAUGGGAUUUAUCUUGAACACAUUUGCUCACAUCAUUCCAUUGCAUGUAAAUUCUGUGAGAACCUCUGCAAGUGCAUUUAUGAUAGCUCAAGCUCGCCGCCAUGUGGCAAAAAAGAAAAGCCGCGCAUGCGCAGCUGUCGCUCGACAUCAGCCAUUCUGUCGGCCACUAUCAAUCGAUUAGAGAGUGGAAGAUGGCGGCGCGUCGAGACUGAGCAUUGAGAUCGAUCACCGAAACACUCGAUUGGACGGAUCAGUUGAAGUCCGGUAAUUCUUGAAAUUCGUCUAUUUUAUGAGGGUAGUCUCUCUUAGGAUCAACUCCAUCCAUUAUGGACUUUCCUUGGCACAGUGGGAAAGUCCUUGGACAGCUCAAUGAACAGCGUCAGUUGGGUCUUCUCUGUGACUGCACGUUUGUGGUGGAUGGAGUAGACUUCAAGGCCCACAAGGCAGUGCUUGCAGCGUGUAGUGCUUACUUUCGCACUCUGUUUUUGGACCAGAAUGACGUUGUUCAUCUCGAUAUCAGCAAUGCUGCAGGAUUGGAGCAAGUUCUUGAGUUCAUGUAUACGGCAAAGCUGACCUUGAACCCUCAGAACGUCGAGGAUGUCCGUGCUGUAGCCUCCUUCCUUCAAAUGCAGGAAAUCGUAAAUGCCUGUUCAGCUUUUCAGUCCUUGGCUGUUCCUUUAUCAUCCAAGCCUGUAAUUACAGAACCUGUGGAAGAACAGCAGAAAUCUGUAAGGAAACCAGAGGAUGCAUCUUUACAGGAGGAGCCGGCGAGUGAUGUAGGAGCUCAGAAAGUCAAACCUGAAGUAAACGAAGCUCCCCCACAAUCAGAGACAACAGAAACUCAGGAGGUUUCUUGUAGCCCAGCUGAGAAGCAAAGCUCAAAGUCUCAGAGAGCUGCUAGCAAAGGAAGUGGAUCCUCUAAGCUCGCCAGACAAAAGAAAGCUGGUGUCUCAGAGUCCAGAAUAGAAACAGAGGAAGAGAGCGCCACAAAAGAGAUUCCGCAACUUCAAGAUGAUCCGAAUGAUGCAGACUACACUCCCAAACCCCAGAGGGCGGCAGCUAGACGGUCGUAUGUUAGCACAAGAAGAAGCAAAUCGAAAUAUGCCACUGUUCACUCACCCACACAAGUCGAUCAAAGUGAAGAAAGCGUGCAGAAGGACGAGAGUGUUAAGAAUGUUGCAGAAGAUGAUGGAAUGGAUGAAGAAGAAGUUGAGGAUGAAGAGCUGGAUGAGGAAGGAGAUGAGGAGAUGGAAACAGAGGAUGGAGAAACAUCUGGCUCGGAUGGGAAGAUGUCUGCAACUGCCGCCGAGCGCAGUGAAUCUAGAGCUUAUGGUUCUGUCACACACAAAUGUGAGGACUGUGGGAAGAAAUUUACACACACAGGCAACUUUAAACGUCACAUGCGCAUUCACACCGGUGAGAAGCCCUUUAGCUGCAGAGACUGCAACAAAUCCUUUUCAGACCCGGCUGCCUGCAAAGCGCAUGAAAAAACACACAGCCCUCUGAAGCCGUACUGCUGUUCUACAUGCGGAAAAAGCUACAGGCAGAUCAGUCUGCUGAAUCUGCACAGGAAACGGCACACGGGCGAGGCACGAUACAGCUGCGAGGACUGUGGGAAGCUCUUCACCACAUCUGGGAACCUGAAGCGUCACCAGCUGGUGCACAGCGGAGAAAAACCUUUUCACUGCGAGUACUGCGAGCGGGCGUUUUCUGACCCCACGGCCAAGAUGCGCCAUCUAGAGACCCACGACACAGACAAGGGUUACAAAUGUCAACACUGUGAUAAGAAAUUCAACCAGUUGGGAAACCUAAAAGCACACCUGAAGAUUCACAUUUCAGAUGGGCCGCUCAAGUGUAGAGAGUGUGGGAAACAGUUCACCACCUCAGGCAACCUAAAAAGACAUCUGCGUGUGCACAGUGGUGAAAAGCCGUUUGUCUGUAUGCAUUGCCAGAGAGCGUUCGCUGACCCUGGGGCCUUACAGAGACAUGUGCGAAUCCACACAGGUGAAAAGCCCUGCCUGUGUCUGAUUUGCGGAAAAGGCUUCACACAGGCCAGUUCGCUCAUUGCUCAUGUACGUCAACAUACUGGAGAGAAACCAUAUGUUUGUGAUCGCUGUGGCAAAAGGUUUGUCCAGUCCAGCCAGCUGGCCAAUCACAUCCGUCAUCAUGACAAUAUCCGACCACACGUAUGCCAGACCUGCAACAAAGCUUUUGUCAAUGUGGGAGAUCUGUCAAAGCAUAUCAUUAUUCACACAGGGGAGAAACCAUUCCUGUGUGAUAAAUGUGGGCGAGGAUUCAAUCGUGUGGAUAAUCUCCGUUCCCAUGUGAAGACGGUGCACCAGGGGAAGGCGGGCAUGAAGAGACUGGUGGUGUCUGAGGAUGACGGGGAAGAGAAUCUCCUCCCUGAAUCCACCCCGGAAUCAGAACUCGAUAAUAACGAAGUCAACAUUGUGACCGUGACAACCGAUGACAUCAUGACUCUGGCCACAGAGGCUCUGGCUGGCAGUGCCGUUGCACAGCUCACAGUGGUACCAGUGGCAACAUCAGUAUCUGCAGAUGAAACUGAGGCGCUGAAAGCAGAGAUCACAAAGGCAGUAGAAAAAGUGCAGGAGGCAGAUCCCAACACCCAGAUCUUGUAUGCAUGUGACUCUUGUGGUGAGAAGUUUUUAGACGCCAGCUCUCUUGCCCAGCAUGUGCGCAUUCACACUGCCCAGGCCCUGGUCAUGUUUCAGGCGGACUCUGACUUCUACCAGCAGUACGCUGGGGACGGUACAUGGCAUACCACUGAGCAGGUUAUCCAAGGCGGAGAGCUCCUGUUCCGAACCCGGGUGGAGGAGGGUGAGGAAGGCGAGGCAGCUAUAGUCCAAUGUGAACCUCAGACUGAGGGGGCAGACAUGGAGACCAACACACAGGUGAAGACAGAAGAAGUAUCUGUGGACUCUGAAAACCAAGAACAGUGAGAAGUUAUACACUCAAUAAGUCAAAAGGAUCCACAUGGAGUUUAUAUGGUCACCAAUGCAAUUAAUAUAAUGACAUGUAAGACCUCCCUCAGAGGGUUAGAUUGAUGCCUGAAAAUCGCUCAUGCUACAGCAACGUGUGCAGAAUAAUAAAGCAAUGUAUUGAUUGUUUAAAAAAUAUAAGAUAUUUAAAUAUGAUUCAAACAAAUCCAUGCUUUAUGUAUGUAAUUUUUUUAAUUCUGGUCUAAACUUCUGUCUGUAUAUUUUUCCUGGCAUAGCUUGUAUUUAGAUCAUGUCACCCAAGGUCACGUAAAUAUGACUGUCCAACAGCUUUCAGUGAUUUGUGAACUUGUUUUAUUGAUUUACUUUUGUGAAGUUUCAGCAAAUGUGAUAAAUCGAGCUUAAACUGGUUCAAUAACAAAUUGCUUGUUUUACUAUAUGCUUUUCAUAACAGCUAAAGCAAUUCUCAAAAAUAAAUGCUACAAGGAUCAUAUUCAUAAUGCAUAAUUUCUAAAGAGUAGGUCUUAUUCAUUAAAUAUGAUAACUAUGUAAAUUGUUUAUAAACCAAUUAAGGUUAAUGUGACAGUUUGCAUGCAAAGGAUGAUUGUAUAUAUUAUUCAUAUAGUAGUUAUUUUAUGCCUCUGUUUAGUGAAUGAGAUCUAAUAUCUCUAAAUUAAUUAUAUUCUUAUUAAUGAUUUUUUUAUUAUGAGAUCUCAUAUCAAUUGUGUCAUUUGUCAGUAUAUACUGGUCUUGUAUAUGUUUAUUCAUACCAUUAUAUACAGUCUGUUUUGUAAACAGAAUUCAUCCAACAGAAAAAUAUAUAUUGCACAACAAUUAGAAACAAUUACAUAUUUUUAAAAUUUAUUUCACUAGGACUCAACCUCAACUAAAGCUUGUAAUUUGAUUCGUUGUUAAUAAACUC